AUGGCAGUUUUAUUGAAACCCGUUGUCGUUUACGCUUUUUAUAAUAGCGUGACAUUCUCUCCUGGCGACCGCGUUACCGUUUGGCAAGAGAAGUUCUAUUGUCCACAUUGCAUUGACCAAGUUUGCUCUGCUCCAAAUGUCAGCAGUGCCACCAAAAAGAAUACUUUUCAGUCGCCUUUGUCUGUCACGGAUGAUGAGGGAUGUAUCAGUGCUAGUGAUAUCGCAUCGCCACAUUAUGUUCCUGAGCAGUUUACGGAUUCAAACCAACCUCACAAUAACUACUCAUGUAUCUCUUCAACUGGGCUUCCCCAGAAAUCAAGGUCUAUUCUGAGAAGGCCCGCUGCUGAGAAAAAUGGGCUUCAUGCAUCGAAGGAACGAGGAUACUUAAGUACAGAUUCAGGUCUAGGAGAACGUGUAUGUGACUCAAGUACUUUAGAUGAGUCAAACCUGAGACAUUUUUCUAAUGAAUAUUCGGAUCAGGAUAGAGCUAGCAUUCAAAAGAAGAGUCUCACACUUUGUCUUUCCAUUUAUCCAGACAAAGUCUCUCCUGUACCCAAUAAUAAUCGAUACAAACGUAAUGUAUCAUCUACCGCUUUAAGUAGUUAUUCCCAACCACGACAGUUUCAUUUACCUGAACCUGGUAAAAGUCGUUUUCUACCCCCUGGUUUAAAAUUAUGGACAACCCUAUUUGGUCGAUCAACCAGCAGUGCUAUCCCACCGUAUACUACAAGUACACCACGUUCAAAUAAUCUCACCAAUAAUUAUAACAAUGAAAGUAAUAAUAAUAAUGGGAUUAUUACAUCACGUUCAUUAAAUAAGCCUAUCGCUUCUUCAGCUGUCAAUUUAAGUGAUGAUAGAACAAAAAGUGAUAAAUCAACCGCAACUGCAACAACAAAAACAACAAGAAUAUCAUCCGGUACACCUGUUAAUGGACACACUAAUCCAUUAUCACCUAACUCAGUAUAUAUGAAUGGUAUUCAUCAUUCUGGUCCAAUUAUAUUAAAUGAUCAUGAAUUAACAUUGGAAACACGUAAAUUGGCAUGUUUACCAGCUGGACAAUUAAGAGAUAAAAGUGUACCCGCACCCAUUGAACGUUAUGAUUGGCCAGCACCGCCUGCAUCAGGCGUUGUCCUAGCUGAAUUAAUGCGUGAACGACGUCAGCGACGUAGAGAACGAGCACGUUUAAGUGGCACACAGUUUUCCGGUGAUCCUGAUGAUUUAGAGAGUCAAGAAGCAUUGAGUAUUGAUUAUUCAUUUGAUGGUGUUCCAGACACAAUAACUGACAAUUCUGCUGCGCAUACUGGCAUUGGACAAGCAAUUCUCCGUGAAGAAGCAGAAAGUAAACGCAGAUCACGUUCACAAACCUACUUAGAUCCAGUGUCGGCUUCUCGAACUCCGAGUGCAGCUGUUGAACCGUCUUUCAAACCACGCUAUGCUACGCAUCAAUUUGCGUUGCUAAAUCGUGAGUCAGCCACAACAAUGACAACGACAACAAGUAUUUCUACUCAUCAUAAUAAUAUUUCUCGAUUUGGUGCUGCUACGAUGCCUACCUCUACUACACCUGUCAUCAGUGGUCAUACUUAGUAAGGUAGAAAGCAUAAAUGGAAACGCUCACUAUGCAAAGUAAGUCCACCACCUGAUGGCUUGGGAAUGUUUUCGCCCGUAAGUGUCUUGGAAGUGCUUAUCGCAUCUGUUGAAAGCAGUGAAUAAUAAAUGAUGAGCUUAGGUAUCCAAUUUAUUUUACAACAUAUAUUCAUCAACUGAUGAGGUUACUGGAAUAUGUUGAACAUACUAGACUAGUUAUGUUGAUCAAAUUGAAACCACCUUGGAAAUAAUCAUAGGUUGGCUUAGAGCAGUACAUGUUAGCAAUCCACCAAGUAAUAGACGUUUUCAGAUGUCCAGAGAAAUUCACCCUACCGAAAUCAGCCACAAUGGUCCAGAUAUGUUCUCUCCUUUUUUUCUUUUUCUCUCUCUCUCUCUCUCUCUCUCUCUCUCUCU